AAAUAGAUAAGAAAGGUGAUGAAUAAGUAAUAAACAGGUACUAGAGGGCUGGCAUCUGGCAACACUGAACCCAAACAAAACAAAACGUUGCUGAGGAUUAUGUUGAAAAAAAUAUUAUUAGCCCACCAGCCUCCCCCUCCCAGACCCUGAAAAGCUAUUAUACCGAGGAAGGAAGUCCACCACCGUGAGGCUUUGCUGUGAACUGGUGGUGAGGUGCAAAGUGCAGACCUUUCAGAGUUUCAGAGCAAUAUCGUGGGAGUGACUUGAUGAAACCCCCAAACCAAUAGAGUCCCGCCAAGCAAUGGCUAUUUUUGGAGGACUGCAACCAAGUCUCUGCCAUGAUGACAUUGUGCUAUUGAGCCCUUCAAGACAAAUGGCUGAAAGAAGAAAAAGUUAGAAAGGAGCAAGCAGGAACAGAAGACAACUAGAAAGAAGAAUAAACCCAGCAAAUGUGAACAACAAUUGAUAGAAUUUAGUGUCACUUAAGGCCAACAGCAGAGAUGUCGGUGGUGAUCGAGACUACAAUUGGGGACGUGACAGUGGACCUGCACAUGAAGGCCAGACCCAGGACAUGUAUGAAUUUCUUGAAGUUAUGCAAGAUGAAGUACUACAACUUCUGCCUGCUCUUCAGUGUUCAGCGAAACUUCAUUGCUCAAAUGGGUGAUCCAUCAUCUUCAGGACGAGGAGGUGAGAGCAUAUUCCAAAAGAUGUAUGGAGAGCAGGCCAAGUUCUACGAAGGGGAGAAGCUACCAAUCAUGAAGCACACACAGCUUGGAACAGUCUCCAUGGUGUCUUGUGGCAGUCACUUGUUUGGGUCACAGUUCUUCAUCACUCUUGGAGAAGACUUGGACUCCCUGGAUUCCGAGCACCUUGUGUUUGGCCAGGUGGUGGAGGGGUUGGAUGUCAUCAACAAACUCAACCAAACCCUGACAGAUGAAAAGUACCGUCCCUACCAAGACAUCCGCAUUUCUCACACUGUGGUGCUGGAUGAUCCCUACCCAGACCCAAAGGAACUUGUAUUUCCAGCAGAGAGUCCAAAGCCUACGAAGGCUGUCUUUGAAUCAGAUUACAUCGCUGCAGAUGAGACCAUUGAUGACACUGAAGGAAAGUCUUUGACAGAGAUCCAGGAAGAAAUUGAGGAGAAGGAAGCCAAGGCCAGAGCCACCAUCUUGGAAAUGGUUGGAGACUUGCCAGCUUCUGAUACGGCACCUCCAGAAAAUGUUUUGUUUGUGUGUAAGCUUAACCCAGUUACUACAUCGGAGGACUUGGAGAUCAUCUUUAGUAGAUUUGGGAAGAUUAACUCCUGUGAAGUGAUACGCGACCGAGUGACCAACAAUUCCCUUCAGUAUGCCUUCAUUGAGUUUGCUGAGACCAAGUCGUGUGAGGAUGCCUACUUCAAGAUGGACAAUGUGCUCAUAGAUGACCGCAGGAUUCAUGUCGACUUCAGUCAGUCUGUAUCCAAAAUCAAGUGGCGAGGAAAGGGGAAAGGAGUUGAGUAUUUUGAUGAUGAUGGUAAGAAAGUGGAUGAGAGAAAGGGGAAGGCAAGAUUUGAACAUAACCGGGAUCAAAACAAUAGCAACAGUGGCUUGAGGGGGAGAAACCAAGAACCAAUGCAAGCUCACCAGUUCCAGGGGAGGAGGCCGUAUGCUGCUAAGCGUCAUGACCCCUAUGAACGAGACCAGAGGCAUGGCCACCACAGGUCUGAUCACAGAAAUGGCUCCAGCAGGAAUUACCAUGAUGAGAGUUACACUCAAAGAAAUGAAAACACUGCCAGGAAGACAGAAAGGAAUGAGAGAAAUUCUCCAGGCAAACGUGGAUUUGAUGACCUGGAAGAAGAGAUCUCUAUGAAGGACGACACAUCAAGGGAGAAAAUGCUGAAACACUUAAAGAAGUCUCUGAAGAAGAAGAAAAAGAAGUCCAAGAAGUACUCAAGUGACAGUGACAGCUCAGUGGAAGAAAAAAAAAAGAAAAAGAAAAGAAAAAAAAGCUCCAGUGAUAGUGACACUUCAACAGAAAAAGCAAAGAAGAAAAAGAGGAAAAAGAAAGUUAAUGAUAGCAAUGAUUCAGAUUCUCAACGAAAGAAAAAAAAGAAAAAGAAGAAGAAAAGCAAGCGACAUAGUUCCACUUCAGAAAGCUCAGAUUGAUGAAAUUUUCAAUAUUAGCUCAAAGAGCUGCGGGGAUGCUGCUACGGGAGACUACUCAGGUGAUAAAAGACCUUUAAGGGGGAGCAGUACAACUACAGAAUGGUAUGAAUAAAUUAAAUAAUUAUUGCCAUGGGAAGCUAUAGCUUCUAGAGGAGUGAUACAAACAAACUGGAUAUAACAGAACAAUAUAUGAAUGGAUGCAGCAAGGAAAGUCUUAAGGCAAACGUUGUGCUAGGCUUAGUUUCUAUUGUAUGUAAAGGAUGUAAAAUUCAGCUGUGCUCUGCCUACUGAACAACUGUGAUAUGCUUCUAUAUCAGUUUCAAAGAUAUAGCUUCACUAUAGCAUUUUAUUUGGGCACUAUGAUCACUUAAGUUUUCAAGCUGAAACAUGAAUUAAUGGUUUGUUUGGUGAUUAGUAGGAAAUAUUAUAUAUAUUGAAUAGCAAGGGAAGAGUAUAUAGUACAAGUGGCCAAUGUUAAUAUAAUUAAGAAUGCGAUGUUAGUCACCAUGUAGGACGGAUAAAAUGUUUGUCAACAAGUUAUUUGAAUGUGACCAAUAAUCUUCCACAAGUUAUGUGGCCAUAAUAACUUUACAACUCACAAAAUUUGCAUCUGCCUGCCUAAUUACCCAGUCCUUAGAACACCAAAAGUAUUGCAAGUACAGAAGUUUCCUGCAACUCCAACUACAGCAUUAACUUGUAUGUGGUAUACAUUUCCAAAUAAUGUUAAUUUCAUCAACUACAGAUUUACCAGCCAUGGUGAUUAGGACUAAUCCCUGCAGCUGGCAGGAGAGUACUUAAAAUUUAAGGGAAUGCCAAACUCACCUUAAAUACAUAACAAGAUGAAGAGAUACUUCUCAACAUCUCAGGUGUGGGGUAGAUGAGUGUCACCUGUAACCUUGUAAUGCAAUAUGAUAGCAUGUAGUCACCUCUCGAUUAACACGAGUUUAAAUAAUGCGUUUUUGAUUUAACACAAGUUGAUGUUUAAGGAGAUACGUUUAACUAACGCGAUAUGUUCGAUUUAACACGAGUUUCGUCGAUGACGUCACCGCGCAGAGACGCUGUCUUUCUCCUCAGUUUGAAGCUAGCCAGCACUGUGAGUGGAACAUUUCUCUGGAAUACUUACACUGCAUUUUGACCUCUACUAUGGCACCCAGGCGUCCUUCCACCUCCUCACAGGGGGUGGAAGGACGGGGGGAGGAGGGAGGAGGGAGAGUGGGGUGAGGAUUUGGCAAACGACGAUGACGACCAGUGACACAUCAACAAAGUGAUGGUGAGUGUGAGGACGUGUUUUUGUUGUGUCAGUGAUUUACAAAUGUAAUGUAGCAAUUCAUUCUUUAGAAAACUUUAACUUAAAGGAGUUAUCUUUGCCAUCAAUAGCAUGGGUAAUCAAAGGAAAAGGAAGGAGGCAAGUGAGGCGGAGUGGCAGAGGUGAAGGGAGCGGCUGUUGACGGGAGCGCGGGGUGAGGAGGGACGGUGGCCAACGCAGGUGAAGAACAAAUUUAAAUAAAAUGAGAACGUGUG